GAUAUUUCAGAUGUAAAUCGCAGUUUUAAGAAAAUCUGUCCUUGUGUACAUAAAGAAAGUGGGGGAAAGAAAAUAUUAGUUUACUUAAUGCAAGAUUUUACAGUGGUUAGUGGAUAUAGUAAGAACUGGACAUUCUUAUAUUUACAAAGUGGAGAAUUUUAAAAUACAUGAUAGCUUGGUUGACUAGCCUUUGAGGCAGAAGUGUUUUGUGCAUAAAUGGGAAAAAUUAUGUGUUGAAAUAUAUGUGUUCAACAAAUUAUAUGUGUGCAUAUUAAACAAACAGGACUAAAAUUUUAAAUACCAGAAAUUAGGUAGAAAACAUUUUACUUAAAGAAACAGUAAAACAAAAUAUAUUGGAAUAAGAUCAAAAAAAAUUCAAAAGACAUUAUGUGGACUGGUGCUAGAGGAAACCGAGUGUCACCAGACCCCUGGGAUGAUGACCCCGUUGAGGAAGUACCAAUGGAACCCCCAUCGUACAGUGACUGGGGUGAUCCAAAACAAACUGUCAGUGAACCUGUUAAACCUAAGAAAAGUGAACCUGUAGUUAAAAAAGAAUCUAAAGCAAAUGCUGAGGUUAAAAAGGAAAGUAUUCCUGAAAAGAAAGUUGAAUCGGACUUUGUUUAUCGCGGAAAACCGAAGAAAAAGGUUGAAAGUGUGGAAGAAGUGGAUACGUAUAUAAACAAGAGAUUUAAUAACAGUCAUGCAUGGACACCCUAUCUGUGGGAGAGAAAAAGAGAGAUGCUUAUGAAAGGACCUGUAAAACCAAGCAAAGGAUUUAAGCACAGAGUCAGAUAUGGAUGGAACAGCUUUAAGAUCAGCUGGAGAGAAUUUUUGUACAGUUUUGAGGCCUGGAGAGGGGCUAUCAAGAAAAUUGAAGGUUACCAAGGUGCUGGAGUUGUAUCAUAUUUCGUGUUCCUCCGCUGGCUUUUCUUCCUCAACAUCUUCAUAUUUCUACUUCUCUUCUGGGUGAUCACCUUCUUUCAAGUCACGUUUGAUCCAGAGACAACGUACGACUCGGACUUGACGGGAUCGGGAUCGUCUGCUUAUACCACAACUAUAGCAACUACUUGUAGUGCCUUAUACAGUCCAAACGUUACAUCCGAUGCGCUGACACUCAUUCUGGAUUUCUUUCAAGGAACAGGCUGGAUGGAAGAUACAGCCAUGUUUAAUGGUUACUAUGUUGACAGGAAGGUUCAGCUUGCUGCAUCCAACUACAAUCUUCCUCUCGCUUACUUCCUGGUCACAGUCAUUGUCAUGCUGAUCAGUUUGAUUGUGAUGGUUCGCAACACAUUAUCAAACUUCAAGGAAACAGUGCUAUCUCAGGAGAAUGCGAAGCAGGCUACGUACUGUAACAGUGUGUUUGCUGGGUUUGACUAUAGUGUGGACGGACAGGAAGCUGUAGAGCUGAAACAGAAGAGCAUAUAUCGUGGAUUAGUUGCCGAUCUCGAUGACCAGAGACAUGACUUGGAAUGUCAGAAUCGUACAUCAGGGGAGAAAUGUCGCCUGUACACCGUGAGGUUUUUCAUCAAUUUCUUGAUAUUGCUUAUGUUGGGAGGAGCUGGAGCAGCUAUCUACUAUGCCCAGGAUUUUUCGACAGAUUUUACAACAGACCCAAAUGUUGAAAAUGACUAUCAUUCUCUAGUGAUACUGCUGGUACAGUUUUUACCGUCUAUUGUUAUCGGACUGCUGAACGGAAUUUAUCCUCUAAUAUUUGAUGUACUUGUCACGUUUGAAAAAUACCGCCCAGCUUUUGUCAUCAAGAUUUCUCUGAUCAGGAUGGUAUUUUUGAAGCUGGCUUCACUGGCUAUGGUAGUGGCAAGCUUGUAUGUCCAAAUAACGUGUAGUGACAGAGAUAGUUGUCUUGUAGGACAAAAUGGUUGUCCAGCUAUUGAGUGUUGGGAGACAUAUGUUGGUUCAGCCGUUUACAAGCUUGUUGUAAUGGACUUCUUGAUCAAUGUUGGUGUUACACUUGGUGUGGAAUUACCUAGAAAACUGAUAACAACAAAAUGUGAGUGUGGACUUCUACAGAAAGUCGGUCCUGCAAUAUUUGAUAUACCUAAAAAUGUCCUAGAUCUUGUCUACGGGCAGACAUUACUUUGGUUGGGAUUUUACUUUGCUCCUUUGUUAUCUGCUGUCUGUAUUGUGACAUUCUUCCUUGUGUUCUAUCUCAAAAUGUUGUCAGCAAUGUACAAUACUGUACCACCUGAGAAACCAUACCAGGCUUCAAAGUCAAACUCGUUCUUCACUGUGAUUCUAAUGAUAGCAUUUUUUCUCAUCUGUGUACCUGUAGGGUAUACACUGUCCAACAUGGAGCCAUCCCCGAUGUGUGGACCAUUCAGGAUAUACACUAAGCCUUCAGACAUCAUUGAUGUACAGAUUGACAAUGCCGAAAACUGGUUCCAGACACUGUGGAAUAUCUCUACGUCAGCUGCAGUUGUUUCGUCUUUAAUCAUUCUUCUCUUAUUAGCAAUAUACUAUUGUUCAGCAUUAAACUCUGCCCACAAAGAUCUGGUAGAAACUAUGAAAGAUCAGCUGGUGUUAGAAGGGAAGGACAAGCAAUAUUUGCUUUCAAGAAUUGCAGAGCUGACUGGAGGGCAACCAAAGAAGCAGCCUCCUCCAUACCAGAGAACUCAGCUUAAAACUGUAAAUGAAACACCCCCACCUCUGGUAUUAAAAACAAAGAGUAAGCCGGAGAAAAAUGGAGAUGUUGGAGUUGAGAAAACAGAAGAAAUAAAUUUGUAUGGAAGAGAAAAGAGCAUAAUCCGUACACCUGUGAAUGAUGGAGCUCCACCACCAGCAAGUUACAAAAAUGCUAAGAAUGUAACACCAGUGAGUCCACCUGAAGAUUUCCAUGACAAUACAUUGAACCAGCCAACCCCUGACUCCUCCCCAUUUGUAGAUAACUCCGCCCCUCCAGUGAUCCUACCAGUCAACAGCAGAACCUCACCACCAGCAAAUAAAAGGGCCUCUCCAGUAAAUAAUCAAGCUUCUCCGAUAAAUAACACUGUGAGAGAGUCUCCUCCGUCAAACAAUGGACUAGGAUCAUCUCCCUUGUUUGCAAAAGAUACCCAUAAAAAAACAGCAAAAGAAGCAUUAGAUGAGUGGUAGAGUUGAAAAUACAAAAUAUACUUGUGAUAAUAUUUUCUCUGUCUGUGAUAUAGUGAUUUUAUCUAGCUGAAAUAGUAUUUCCUGUUGUAUGUUGAAUUUUUAGUCUGCAGUAUUUUGCUAUUGUAACAUAUUGUAAAUAGCUUGAAAAAACUGCUGAAACUAGCUUCAAACAUUUAAGAAGUGACGUGGACAAGCUUUGAAACCUUUGAAUUAUGUUUUUUUUUACUUAAGGUGCUACACCCAUAAUGACAAUAAGUCAAUUUGGCUCCAUGUGUCUUAAGUUCAGCUUUCCUUAGUUGGUAAGAAAAACUAAGUUCUAGAAUGAAUUAUAUUAUCUGCAAGAAAAUUCUGAAAUAGCAUAAUUUUAGAUCAGUACAAUACCAGGAGAAAUUGUUGAUUGUCACUAUGGCUCCACUACCUUAAAAAAUAUGUUAUUAUUUAUAUAUAAUGAUAUUACAUUUUCAUGGUUAUAGCUAUAGUAAGGUUAUUCUAACAGUACCUUGAUCUGCUAUUUUCUAUCCUGCUGGAGUGGAUUGUGCCGAUCCCAUAAGGCUCUUGCACUCUGUGUGGUCCAGCCUGCCGAAAUACAUGACAGCUGAAUGCAUCAUGGAAGACGAAGGUACUAUGUUAAUGACCCCCCUUUUUUAAUACAUAAACCUAUUUCUAGUGUCAUGUUAUCAAGGAUUGUUAUAAAUUUAGAUAGAUAAUACUCAAAACUUGUUUGAAACUAUGAACUUUCUGACGCAUGGAACAUCAAGACCCAAUCACUAUGUUAUUUCUAAAGUUAUAUUUGACACCACGACUAAAGCAAGUAGUUCUACCAUUGAAUAUUUUUCUGUAUCUGGCAGGAGUUUUUAUUUAUUUUAUUCAAUUUUACAAGGUUUAGUUUUUGGUUGGACAAAAAGUUGUUUUAGUUCCAGAAUGAAAUAUGUUAAUUAAGAAAUAAUAAGGUCCCAAUUUGGGUUAUUCUACGAUAAAUCACACUUCGAAACUUGUUACUUUGAUUCUAACCUGACAUACUAGUAUCAAAAAUGGUUACUACUUUUUACGACUGUACUACGCACCAGAAUUGUAUGACGUCACUUCACGUGCAUAGGUUAUCACAAAAUAACUGGUGACUGAUGUUCUUCUAUGUGUACAGAGGUUAUAUGCUGGUCGUGUUAGAAUGACUAUGAAAAUACUCAAGAAUAACAUUUUUAAGUCAUUAAGUUUUAUGGUUUUUGCUUUAUUUUAUUUUGUUACUCUAUCCUAAAGUUCAUUUUGUUAUUAUGUUUGCCAAAAAAUACAAAUUUUAAGACUUUUGAUCAAUUAUUUCUGAUUAUAAUUUUAGUAGAAGGUUUAUCUAGGAUGCUAUAUUCAGCUCAAAUAAACUUUGCCAGACCUAAAUCCUUGCAAGGGACAGAGCAUGAUCCAGUCUGGUAAAACCCAUGCAAGUUGAAUACAACAUCUUGAAUGACCACUUUGUUAUCAUAUUACUCCAUGUACUUUAAAAGUAUUUUACAAAAAAACAAACACUGUAUCGCUAUAGAUGUUAUAAAUUGAAUUUCUUUCAUUGCUACUUCUUUGAAAUAUAUCAUUAAUUCAUUUUAAAAUUUAUGUUCCAUUUACAUGAGAAUUAUUGAUCUGAAAGCAUAAUUACGGAAAAUCAGUAAAAAAAGAAUGUCACUUUGAGUGUUUUGCAAUUUUAGGGUAAAGAUGGUCAUACCAGAGAAUCUGUAAGGAACCGCUAUCAUUUUUGUUGUUGUUUCCCCCCCCCCAUUUUAUUUGAACUAUUUAUAGAACUUCAGGUCAUGAAUAUUUACAAAAUAAAUCCAGACAGAUGCUUGGUACAAAUUUGGAAUUUUCCAUUUUUGUGAUACGGAUUUUUGUGUCCAUCAGUUUGUUUUUUAGAAUACAAGCCAAUUGUUUACAACCAAUUAAUUACAGGUACAUAAUAAUACCAUUUUACAUUAUCAAAUGAUUAUAGUAUUAGUAUGUCUAGAAACAUACUGCAUUAAAAAAGUAAUUAUAUACUGUAGAUCAAGUAUUAUUCGCAAGAUUUAUUUUCGCUAAUAUUUGCUUACAGAGCAACAGGCGCAUUCAAAACUCUUACAAAAAUUAAGAAAUUUUAUAUCCAAUAUUAUAAUAUGCUUGUUUCUGUUUAAAAAAAGACAAUUGUAUGCUAAAAUGAAAUUAUGUUAACAGGCAAUAACUUCGAUGUUUUUGUUACGACCAAGAAAGAGCGUUACUAUAUUUUAUCUUCUGUUUCAGAUAAAGGGCAUAUUUAUUAGAAUCUAAAUAAUGUGUAGGUAUAACCUCUUUCAUGUAUUGAUAACAUUACAAUACAAUUUUUCUAUACACUAUUUCUUAAGUUCAAACAACUGAAAAGCACCAUUUCUGGCACAAAUACAUCUGUUGACUGUAAUUGCAAAAAAAGAAGUGAUGUAAAAAUAAAAUGCAAUCUACAGUUUUAUGUGAUUAUCAUUUACACAAGAAAUAUCUUGCAGAAUGAAUUUUGUUUGUUGAGAAUUUGUUUUUAAAGUUUUAUAUUUAUGUCAUGUUACAUGUUUUUGAUAUUUUUUUUUAUUUUUUGUUAAAAUUAAGAAAUUAAUAAGAUUAAAAUUAAACUUGACACAUUUUGAAAUAGUUUUGAAGCUAAACUUCAAGAUUAUACUUAAAGAAUUUGAUGAGGAAAAAAUCAAAUAGGAUGAUUUUUUUUUGGCAUGUAACGAUCCAAAUAAUAUUUUAAAUAAAAGUAUUGAUAUUUUAUUGUCUGUGCUAUAAAAGUUAGGUGAAAUUUGCAUGUAAGUUUGUUAACUUUUUUGAAGAGCAAAGAAUUUCUGUAAAAAUGUCUGUUCUCAUUUUUUAAUUUGUUUCUUUAUGUUUUAACUUUUUUGUUACUUUACUUUUACAUGUUCUUGCAUGAACGAUCAUGCGUCACUUUAUUGUUUUGAGCUGGACUCAAACAUACCUAUUUAUAUAGUCUAUAUAUCUAUAAAAGCUACCCUCUUGAAUAGAAAAAUCUACUCAUUUACAAAGAAUAAGUUUUAUCUAUAUCUGACUUUCGUCUUUUGCAGUUCAUAGAUGUACAUAAAACAUGGAUGCAGUUGUACUUUAUUGAUACAGUAUUUGAAUAUUGAUAAACCGUCCAGUUUGUAUAAAUAGUUUUAAAAGUUUUACAGUUUUUAAGUUUUGCAUUGUGAAGAUACUGCAAUAAAACA